AUGUCGUUGUCUUCGGUGUCGGUAUACCUGCGUACGCCAUGGAUGGAGAACCAGCCUCUUGCAGCCCUCUUGUUUGGGCUUGGAACUGCCUUGUUCCUACUUGCGCAUUUUCGGAGGCAGUCCUUGAACUUGCCCAGGUUUGAGGUGACCUCCGACGUGCUCAAGACGAUCGAAGAGGGCCAUGCGCAAUAUCCCGACGAUGCCUUUAUUCUGUCCAUGGUGGGCAUGGAGCUGGUCAUUCUGCCUCGAUCAGGGAUCGACCUGAUCAAAGCCCUACCGGAGGAGCACGUCUCAAUCAAAAAACAUCACCACGAUGUGUUCCUCGGCGAAUACACAUACAUGGGCACAAAGGCCCCCGAAUUCGACGAAGCGAUGCGAUAUGACCUCACUCGAAACACCCCGACUGUGAUGGCCUCCUUUGUAGCCGAAGUCAAGUAUGCAGUCGAGGAGAACUUUGGCCGCCCCAGCGACUGGGCCGCAUUCCAACCCCGAGCUUCCAUGUCGCGCAUUGCAUCGCUUAUGUCGGGACGAGCCUUUGUGGGUUUGCCGCUGAGUCGCGACGAGACCUGGGUCCGGUCCACGGUAAAUUAUACACAAGAUGUGACUCGAGCUUGGCUCAUCCUGCGCAUGAUUCCCUGGGUGAUUCGUCCCUUUGUGGCUCCCUUCCUUCCCCAGGUCCGAUCCUUGAAGAACCAGCGCCGCAUGACAGAGAAUCGACUGAAGCCAUUGCUCGAUCAUCCAGAAACCCAGAGCAGCGGAGGUGAACCAGGAGGAGACAUGCUGCGCUGGUUCCGACAACGAUAUCCGGAUAGCCCAACGGCGAAGCAACUCGCGCGCGAUCAGCUUCUGGCGACGUUUGCCUCCAUCUACAACCUGUCCAACGCCCUCACAUACCUCCUCUUUGACCUGGCCAGCUACCCGGAGCAUAUUGAGCCACUACGUGCGGAGCUGCAGGAGGUACUCAAGGGCGAGCGAAUCAACAAAGAAAAUAUCCAGAAGCUGAAGAAGCUGGACAGCUUCAUCCGAGAGUCGCAACGGCUGAGCCCUCCUUCACUCGCAAACAUGCCUCGAAUCGUGACAAGCCCAGGAGGCCUCAAGCUCCCCAGUGGCCACACCAUCCCAUGCGGUAUGCGAGUGAUGGUUCGAGCACACACUAUAAACCACGAUCCCACCCUCUGGCCCAACCCCUCUGCCUUCGACGGCUUCCGCUUCUCAAAGCUGCGUGAGCAGCCCGGAAACACAUUCAAAUACCAGCACGCCACAACCGGCACCGAUAAUAUCAAUUUUGGUCAUGGACUGUGGGCAUGUCCGGGCCGGCACUUUGCGAGCAGUCAGAUGAAGGUGGUUCUUGCCCAUCUCCUACUCAAUUAUGACACUAAGCUGCCCGAGGGCGUGGAGAUGCCCAAACAGCAGCACUUUGGUUUGGCGAUUGUUCCAGAUACCGAGAAGAUGGUUCUGUUGAAGGCGAGGUAA